AUGUCCAUGACGCCGCCGGCCAGUUCGGAACUUCGAUCCCUCGAAUCCGGCAAUGAGUCGCGAGUGGAGGACAGCGUUCGCUGCGAGACAGGCGCCUCGAACUUCCGGGUGCCAAUGUCACAAGCCCACUAUCCUGGGGGGGGCCAUGCCUCAGCCUAUCAGCAGCAGCAGCAGCAGCAGCAGCAGCAGCAGCCCGGCACGCGAUACUACCCGGGCUAUUCGGCCACCGGGAGUGGGGUCGACUUUGUUUCGCCGGCACCUCCAGCCUCGGCAAAGAGCCAUGCGCAGGAGGCCGGCCCCGAGCACACCCCCCUGGUGUAUCCGGCGGAGGGGAUGACAGACGCGCAUGAGCCCAAGCACGCCAGCGAGGCCGAUCGCCGUCGUGCGUCAUUCCGAGAUCUCCUCACGCCAAGCUCUCCCUUCUCGCCGGAGCACAUGGCCGACCUGGGGAGGCUGUCGGCGGGGCAUCCUUCCAGCGCAAUGGGGGCCGGUGGGCCUUCGACGGGGAUGUCGCCGGACCGGUGGUACCCCAUGUGCACGAUCAACCCGGCGGGUCCGGUGCCGGUGGCGGUCUCCCUGCACGAGGGGGCCCAUGGGCAUCUAGCAGGCCCAGCAGGGACCUCGGCCCCGGGACCAGGUGUGCACUAUCCACCCCGGCAGCAGGAGCAGCAGCAGCAGCAGCAAGUGCACUAUCAGCACGCUGCGAAUGGGCACAUGCCCCAUUGGCUGGACGCCUCGGCCUCGAGGGAACCGUCGCAACAGCACGCUCCAUCCCAACAUCAGCCGCAGCAGCAACAGCAACAGCAGCAGCAGCAACAUCAUCAACACCACCACCAGCACCAACACCACCACCACCACCACCAACAGCAGCAGCACCACCAUGCCGAGGCGGCCAACAAGGAAUUGAGCCCGCUGCUUCAUGCGCGCUCGGGGUCUUUCGAAUUUGAACAGGCGCCGGCCGGCGACGGUGGGCAGUUCCACCUGGAGGCCGGGCACCGGCUGACGGUGUCGACCCUGGGAGGAGCCCCGGAGACCGUGGCAGACACCCCGGCCGAGGAGGGGCCGGAGAUGGGGGGCGCCCAGCUGCACCCGAUUCCAAAGGCCUCCAUCAGCGCGAAUGGGGCACUGCCGGCCUCGCCUACCGGGAGGGACUCGAUGGGCAGCUGCCCGUCCGAACCGCAGCAACGGUAUGCUGCUUCGCGGCACCACUUUUCGCAGCCAUGCUCGAUGUAUCCCCCGGAUCAUGGGGGCCAUUAUGACCAGCAGGAGCACAUGCGGCAGCCUCUCCAGCACUUCCUGUCGGGGGAGCAGCAGCAGCAGCAGCAGCAGCGGCAGCAGCAGCAGGAUCGGGACCCGAAACAGCCGCCAACCGGUGACUCGGCUCCCUUCCCCAAGAUGAUGGAGCCCGGGGCCCCGUCAGCAGUGGUAGCUCCGGGGGAUGGAGGGGACACCAGCAGCUCGGCAUGUGCCACCCAGGCUGGGACCUAUGCCCAUGGACCGGACGUAUCUAUGCCCUCAGCGAACUCCCAGAACCAGCAGCGCGUAUACCAGCAGCCGGUCUACCAGCAUCAGCACCAGCCGCAGCACCACGAGCCAGAGAUCCGCCUCUGAGUCUAAGAGAAGGGCGGGGCAAGGGGGCGACAGAGGGAGAGAGA